GCGAAUCCUGUGUUUUCAUUACAAUAACAAUGCAUUUCUGUUUUAUAAUUAUCUCGGAUUUACUUAUUGUUCUUCAAAAUUCACUAAAAUUGAUUUACAUAUCGAUUAAUAUUAUAUUUUCGAUUUGGAUUGUCUUUAUUUGUACGGCAUUUAUGAUGAAAUCUUUACAAUUACUCAAAACGUUAUCAAAUUUAAAAUCUACUGAUUUGUCUAAAAACAAAUCAAACACUAAUGUAAAAACAAAUAAAUGUAAUCUUCAAAUGAAAACACUGAAUACGAAUCACACAAAACAUGAGAUGAAAUCUGAAAACAAUUUGUCGAAAGAUGUUUUGACGGACGAAAACGCAGCCAAACCUAAGAUUAAGAUAACCGAUGAAAAUGAGCUGACAGUGAGCUUUGCCAGCGAUAACACACCCUCUCAAUGCAAUGUCACUGAUUCUGGCCAUAGCUCUAAGAGUGGUUCACUAAAGAGGAAUGAAUCCAACUCUAUAUACAGACAAUCGCCGAAAUUUAAUCACAAGAGAAAUAAAUACAGCAAUAAAAUGACGCGAAAGAACUCAAAUCACUCGAUAUCUCACACGGAAUCGGGUCUUAAGAAUAUCACAGAAACAAUUGAUUUGCGCGAAGAAACCGACGACAAGAGGUCUUUAUGA